UGUGUUCCUGUGUUCAUCGUGUUUAGUUUUACUCUUCCACUGAGGUCGUUAUGUUCAUGUGUGUCAGCUGUUCCCCCAUGUGUUCCCACUUCUCUCAUUAGCCUCCUGUGUGUAUUUAGUCUGUGCCUUCUCAUUCAGUCUUUGUCGGAUCGUCUGUGUUAUUCCCAUGCCAUGUCCUGCGUUCAGGUUUUCAUAGAUCCUCCUCAUCAUCGCCAUGUUUAGAGUUUUGUUUGUGUUUCGGUUUGCCAGGGUUUUCAUAGUUUGUGCUUCCUUUCUAGUUUACCCAGUUUAGGUUAUUGCUUAGUUUGCAUUGUUUUUGCCCUUUUAUUUUGUACUGUUCAGUCUGCCUUAAUAAACAGCUCAUCAGUUAAGUUUGAGUUUUAGAAUGUCUGCACCUGGGUCCACUCUUCACACUCCACGCAGUUUGCCUCGGCAAACUGUGACAGAACGAUCCGACCAUUACAUGGACCCAGCAGAUAGUGAGCUGUAUGAGCGCCAGGAGGCAGCCAUCGCCCAGCUGGAGGAAGAGCUCCGCUGGAAGCCGUGGCGCGCUCCGGAUUUUGAGCACAUAUUCCGUGGAACUUGGCUGGCUUUUGGAGGUCUCCGAAGUUGCCAAAAGCCUCCGCCUGUUGCCCUGCUCUCACCCAAGCCUCGGUCGCUUCAGGUGGGAGUGCUCCGUUUUUCCUCUGAUGCUCACGCUCCAGCCUCUGCAUUGCCGUCCCACAUGUCAGAGGCUCAGCUGUACACCCCAUAAGCUUCCUCACCUCAGAGGAAGCGACGCUCACGCCGCCAUCACUUUUCACCUGCUGAGCAACUCCCGGUGGGCAGCUCGGGCCCAGCGUACCCCUGCACCCGUACCAGUUCCUCGGGUGAGGGAGGCUGAGGUCCAGUUGAUCCCUGCUCUGGUUUCCAGGCUGGCUGAGGCUCUGUCAGUUUCUGCACCCGUACCAGCUCCUCGGGUGAGAACAGCAGCUGCCCAGCCGUUGCCGGUGCCUGUCCCGGCUUCCAGGGUGAGGGGGGCUGUGAACCAGUACACCUCUGCACCCAUGCCGGUCCCCAGGGUGAGGUCAGCCAGGCUACAGCCCGUCUCCGCACCCGUACCUACUCCUCGGGUGGGAGCGGCUAGUGUCCGGCAGAUGCCUGCACCCGUUCUUGUUUCUACUGAAGGCUCAGGCAAGCCCGCCCAGCAGUCCUCCCUGUGUUCCAGAGGCUCAGGAGAGUUAAGUCCACAACCAUCAUCACCACCAUCACUACUGCAUGCAUUUCAGUCUAUAGCUCAGUCAUUAGCUCUGUUAGCAGCCCAGUCCAUGGUUCAAUUUCCUGUGUUACCAUUAGCUCAGCCCUUAUCUCACUGGGCAGCUCAGUCAUCUGCUCCACCACCUGCUCAGCCUUCUGUUCAGCCAGUGGUCUUUGCCCCUACUGGUCCUGCCACUACUUCAGCUGGAGGGCCCGAGGAGCCCGUCCAGCCUCAUGCCUCGUCAGCUGGAGGGCCCGAGGAGCCCGUCCAGCCUCAUGCCUCGUCAGCUGGAGGGCCCGAGGAGCCCGUCCAGCCUCAUGCCUCGUCAGCUGGAGGGCCCGAGGAGCCCGUCCAGCAACCUUCCUCGUCUGGUUCAGCUUCAGCUUCAGCGCCUGCGCCGUCGCCGGGUCCAGCUUCAGCGCCGUCGCCGGGUCCAGCUUCAGCGCCGUCGCCGGGUCCAGCUUCAGCGCCGUCGCCGGGUCCAGCUUCAGCUUCGCCCUCGCCUUCAGCUUCGCCCUCGCCUGGUCCCGCCUCGCCUGGUCCCGCGGUUGCCAAGCCACCGCCUCGUCCAAGUCUGAUUUGGCAUCAGCGGCCACCUUCCAGGCCGCUGACUGGACUCCUUCGCGGGCGCGGCAAGCCUCCUGACGACCUCCGUCGCCACCGCCGGCUCCACGGUCGGCCCCCGGAACUGUGUCGUCUGCAUCGCCGCCGUUGCCGUCCGCACGGUCAGCCCCCGGAACUGUGUGCACGUCGCCGCCGUUGCCGUCCGCAUGGUCGGCCCCCCGAACUGUUUGACCAUGACCUGCUGUGCCGUCGGCCUCCAGGCCGGCCCCCUGAUCUAAUGAACUAUGGAUUUCUGGACUGUCACCCGCCGGGUCGGCCCCCUGAGGAGUUAUGA